AUGGCCAGUUAUCACCUGCCUUUUCUGCACCGUAUCUAAGACCACUUUCUCUCAUUCCUGAUACCCCCUAUCUAUCUGAUCUCCCAACUCUCCAAGGAAACAAACGCAAACAAAUUAUCUCUCCCUAUCUCCAAUGGCCCAGCUGGCCUAGAAAUUAUGUUGCAGAAAAAAACUACACAUUUUGCACACAUGACAAAAUCCAAAACAAAAAAGAAAAAGAAUAAAAAUUACUUUUAUUUCUACGAGUCCACAACUAUGGCAACAUAUCCCAUUGAGAAGAGGAAACAUCUUCUAAUCUUCUCCAACCACACAUGCCCCUCCAACUUCUCUCAAAUACCCCUCUUCCCUUUUGGGGUUCCUUUUAGGCUUCUCAUAUUGACGACCACUCAACAGCCCUCUUAUUUUUUUCAACAUUAUUGCCAACCCUUUUCUCUGUUUUGUAUAAAGAUCUGAUUUUUUUGAUCUGGGCUGGUGGUGUUUUUGAGAUAUUUGUUUGAUUUGGCGGGUGGGUUUUGGUUGUUAUACUUGAAGAUGAAAAGGGCUUCCGUAAAUUUGCAAGAAUGUAAUGGUGUGGAUGAGGAGGCUAAUCGGGCAAGGCUCAAGCAUCAAGCCCUCUUGAGAGAAUACUUGCAACUGCAAAAGGAAUUUGUUUCAAAGAAGAGGAAGUUUCAGACUGCAGAGCAGAAGAGAGACAACCUUGUCGCUAUAGUCAAGUUUUUGAGACGAAAGCGGAGAUAUUUGUUGAACUGUCAACAUACGCCUGCUGAACUGGGAAGCGAUCUCGUUGACUUGCAAAAUGUGGAUACAGAAAGAGCAAUGCUUGAAGAGGAAAGAAAGCAUGCUACCAGUGAAACGGCAGUGAGAUAUGAAGAGGCAUUGGGAGGAAGAGGACUAGGUGAACAAGUUGUUAGAGAGGCAUCAAGAACAGAGAAGAUGCCAAGGAAAUACUUUAUUGACGCUAAAGGACUCGGCAAGAAGAAAAUCUCAUGGCGUGAUCAACUGACUGUUAAGGCAUAAAUCUUCUGCAUUUGACUGUUCAGUAGCACUAGCUAGCAUUUGACAAUAAAACAUUAUUCAGAUUAAAGUCUAUUUUUUUUCCUUUCCUAUUAAUAGUGAUAUAUGUUCUGGUCUUGUUUUUAUUCUCUUUAUCCACCUCUGAUUGUUGGAUUUUUAUGAACUCCAAUAAUAUAGAAUAGAAGAUAGGUAUGUUAAUAUGAAAAAUUUUGAAUACCAUUUAUCAGAUCAAGUUCA